CCGGCGUAUUGUCGAUAAUACAGAACAUGAUAUAGAAAUAGAAAAUGAGUACAGUUAUCGUGAUUUGUCGUUGAUUUUUAAUACAAUCUGUCAAAGAAAGUGUAUACUAGUAUUUGUCCUGUGUAUAAAAAACAAAACUGCAACAUUACAUUGAACGAUCAAAUACACCUUACUGUUAAUAGUGAAUCAAUGAUGUUUGAUCUACCAUCAGAAUUAACUGCUAAACCAUUAGCUUUGAUCGGACUAUCUGGUUUAGAUAUAACAAAUGUUAUCCAUCGAUCCAUUUGGGAUGCAUUUAAUAAUAAUCGCAGACCAGAUGGUACUACUGUUCAAUUUAUGUUAUUAGGACCUAAACAUGAAUUUCCUACUGUUAAACCAAAGAGAAAUUCAUACGAAUGGUAUAUUCCUAAAGGAAUCUUAAAACGUAAUUGGAUGAAUAAAUAUCUUAAUGAGAUUCCAGCAGUAGUUGUAGUUUUUUAUGAUUUGGAUUGGAAUGAUCCAUUGUGGAAUGAAAAAAAGAUAGAAUGUGCCUCAAGAAUACAAUCACUCAGAGCUGCCUUAGAAGGAAGAAGUACAAAAGUAGCACUAGUAUUGAUACAAUGUAGUGUACCACCUCCUCCAGAUUCUGAAGAUAUAGUGGCAACGGAACGAGCAACUGCCUUGUGUGGUGCUUGUGAAUUACCACCUAAUUUACUUUAUGUAUUACCUCAUGGAGAUCAUUUAUCAGGAUAUAUAUCCAGAUUGGAGACUGCAUUUUAUCAAUUGGCACAAAAUUUCUAUCAUCAUGAAUAUCGUAUUAUUAGAAGUCAUCGCGAUCAAUUAAAUAAAACCGUUCAUCAAUAUUUAUUUGUACGUCAUCAAUUUAAAAUGGGAUUCUUAAAUGAACUAAAGCAAGAUCAACCUCAAAAACAUUAUGUCCAAGCAUACCAUAAUCUUUUUGAAAUAAGAAUGGUAGACACUAAUGCAUUGGAAAUAAAAACUAUUGCUGGUUUUAUAAAUUAUAAAAUAUGCAAGAUAAUGUUUAGUUUAAAUCUUCCAAAAGAUGCUAUAGCACAGUUUAGACUUCACACAGAAAGGUUUAAACAAAAAACUGGUCCAAAAGAAUUGAUAUUUGAGCAUCAUGCUUGGAUGAGUAACCAGUUUUCGACAUUUGCAGAAUUAUUUGAUGAUGCAAUUCGACAAGGUCUUCCUGCAGUUCAAACUCAACAUCCUGGAUAUUAUUAUCAACUAGCUGCACAACAUGCAAGCUUGAGACAAUCGGCAUGUAAAGAGUUAUGUAAAAAUGUAAACAGUUAUCCAGAUCUAGAUCCAUUAGCUGGGGAAGAAAAACUUGAAUUUUAUGGGCAACGACCAUGGCGUUCUGGAAAACUAAAUGUAGAACCACUAGAUACUGUUAAAGAAACAGCUGCUAUACAAGCAUUGCAGUAUAAAGAGAAAACAACUGUAAAUCAUUCUAUGAUAAUCAUUGGCUUGUUGGGAAAUGCAAUUUCUCAAUUUAAAAUAUAUCGAUGUCCUAGAAUGCGCAGAUCAUUAGUUGUACAGAUGGCUGAAGAAUAUUAUAAUUCACGAGACUAUGGAAAAGUUCUUACAUUAUUGAUGCACAUGUUAUGGGAGUAUCAUGGGGAGAGAUGGCCCGUCUUGCUCACAGAUAUCAUAAAAAAUGCUUUACGAGCUGCAUAUUUAUCCACAAGUAUUCAAGACUACCUCACUUUAUCUUUUGAAGCUUUAGGACCUUCUACGACAUUCACUAAAGAUCAACAAACUGUUGUUUAUGCAAAUAUUAUUAAUAUUCUUCAGAAACGCCCACCGCAUCCGGAAUCAGAUUUACCAGAUGAUCUAAAACGUGUUGCAUUAGAAAAAUGGAAAUUAGAGUUAAAUCGACAAGAACCAAUUAUGUUUACAAUUGAUGAUAAUAAUAUGACUUCAUUUAUAGAUGUUAAAGCACAAUUUUUGAAAUCAAAAUAUAUAGUUGAUGAGGAUGUUAUUAUUGAAGUAAUUAUAAGAAAUUCAUUUUCUGGGAGUAUAGAGUUUUCUAAAGUGUCCGUAACAAUCAACAGUCCUGGUUUUAAUACAGAAAUUGUAGUUGCUAUUCCUCAGCACAAUAAUGUUGAUCUUGUAUUCUCUAGUAAUCAAAUUAAAAAAUUUUAUGGUCAAUUUGGAGCACCUCCUUUAAGUGAUAGUAGUGAAAUUCGUAUUGGUACAGUCACAUUGUUUAUGGGAAAUGAAACUCAAUGUUGUAUUGUACUGAGAUUUCCAGCUGCAGGGAAAGAAACAAAUCUUUUACAUCGUUUGUAUCCUGAAAUACAAUUGUUACAUAGUGGCAAAUUCGAAACGAUAAAACCAUUAAUAACAACAGAAAUAAAAAGGAAAGAAAAUGAUGUUAAUAUAAGUGCAAAAUCUAAUAAUCCUGCAUUAAUAGGAGAAUGGAUACCUAUUAUAAUACAUGUAACUGCUGAAAACUAUAUUACUAUAGCAUCCUUGCAUGUUGGUUUUCAAAUAAAUGGAAACAAUGAACAGUCAACUGAUUUAAGUUUGACAAUGUUAACUAAACAAUCACAGGUAUUAAUUGAAAUAGAGAAAACAGAUACAAAUUGUAUAAUUGAAAGAACUGUAUAUAUGCGAGCACAUAAAGUGGGUAACAGAAAUAUUACCAUAAAAGUGGAAUAUUUUUACCCAAAUGAAAUAAAAGGAAGUAAAGAAAUUGUACAUUCUAUACCAGUUAGUAAACCAUUUGAAGUAACAACACGAUUUUGUACUAGUCUUUUAGAACCAUUGACAAAAGGUUUUAUUCACGAGCCUUUUAUUGUCAUGCCACAUAUUUCAUGUACAUCACCUUGUCCAAUAAAAAUUCUUGAUACUUCAAUUGAGUUGGGAGAAUUGAUAGAAAAGGAAAAUAAUCAAAAAGAAGAUAGUAUUUUAGCAGGAACUGUACUUUCUGAUGGUGAAGCAGGUACAGAUGCAUAUUGCUUAAUAGCUAAAGCUGGUAGUGAGCAGCCUGUCAGUAUAGGAGUGUUUACUAUUAGAUGGAUACGUGCGAAUGAUGAGACUGCAUCAGAAACUAGUAGUAGUGUAACAUUAGCUCCAUUGUGGAUAGAAGAUGCAGUAAUUAGUUUAGAAACUAAAUUACCAGCUCAUGGUUGGGUAUGCACACCACUUUACAUAUCGUAUAUUAUACAAAAUCAUUCUGAUUACUUGAUCACGUUACGCUUAACAAUGGAAGCUAGUGACGCAUUUAUGUUUGCUGGACAAAAACAGGUUGAUAUUUAUAUUCUCCCAAAAAAUGAACGAAGAGUAGAAUGGAUUUUACGUCCACUCGUUGCUGGACUUGUAGCAUUACCUGUAUUAUCUCUAACUGUACCUACAGAUGAAGAACAUAAAUUAAGUAAAGGACGCCUUUUGGAAAUGCUAGAACGUUCAUUGCCAAGUCAUAUUUAUAUAUUGCCUAAAUCGCAAUCUAUAGAUGAUUAAACAUAACGUAUUUAUUUAGAAAUAAUGGAUAUAUUUUACACAUAAUUUCAUGUGUAUUACAAAUAUAUAAUAUAUAUUAACAUCAUAGAAACGAAUUUGUGUUUAAUAUAAUUUUUUGAAAUUGAAAUUAUUUUAACCUUAAAAGAUCCUUAUUUUUAUGAAAAUUUUCUUAAAUUAUAUUCAUUUUAAUAUGAUAUUGUUCGCUUUAUUUUAACUAGCUUUAUGAAUCAUACUUAAUUCAUUAUUUGCAUUUAAAAUGUGAUGUCGGUAAAGUAUUAAACUGUAAAGAUUUUUUACCGCAUAAAUAUCGAUCACCGUUACCAACGUUACUAGUUACGUUACAGUGUUUCGAUAUCAUCCUUCAUAAAAGACAGCAUAUUAGUGAAGAAGCGCUUUUAAUAAUGUCAAAAUUAUUACAAAAAUUGAUUGUUGAUAAAAAAAAUGAUAUUGAUAAAAGUGUAUAUUGAAUAUUUGUAAAAUAAAAAACUUAACACUGUGGUAAUUAACUAUAUAGUAUUUAUAUGACACGAAUUGAUUUAAGUAACGAUAUAUAAUAAUUAAUUAAAAUUCACAGAAAUAUAAUAGACAUAGUAACAACGAAGAUUGUGAUGGACGUUCCUGAGAAAGUUCAAGCUUCUUUAGAUUCGCAGCUAAAUUUUGAAGAAUCGCAACUAAGAAAUCAAAAAUUUUUAAAGGUAUAAACAGUAUAAUUUUAUAUUUACAUACAUCAUUAGCAUUUUUAUGGCACACAAAAAUAUGUUUUAAUUCUUUCUAAUAAUAAAUUGUAUAAAAAAAAAUAUUGAUUUCAUGAUUUUCGAUUCUAUUAUUAAUUCUCAAAUUGUCAAGUUCACAUUUAUAAUUAGUAUCUUUGAUAAAAAAAAAUAUCUCGUCACUAAAUAUGUUAUGUCAUGAAAAAGAAUUUAAUGAGUUCGUGAACAAUUAUGAGUUAUAUUUAUGCACACUGAUAUCGCUUUUUGUGACUCACUUUUUGUAUAUAGAUAGUUUUAAUAAUUAGCGAUAAAUAUUCAUGUAAAUAGUACUAAAAUGAAAAAAAAAAAUGAAUUUCUUUACGACGAGAGGAGUGGAAUUGUCGGAGACAAUAUAUUCUUUCAUCUUGAAUUUAACUUUAUUUAAAAUAUAUAAAAAUAUAAGAAAUCUAUUGAUAUAUGUCUGUGUAUAUAUGUAUAUGUGCGCGCGUGUCUCUCUCUCUGCUACUGUGUGUGUGUGUGUAUAUACGAUAACGUAUUAUAAUCUUUUAUUAAAUAUGCAAAUUUAAUUAAUACAUAGAAGACACAGAAAUUAUUAAACUAUGAUACAUAAUAGGAAUUGGAGCUUUCUAAAGCACGUUUGAGAACUCUCGCAGCUUAUACACCUACCGAAGAGGAAUUACAACAAGUUGCUUCAACAUAUCGAAAAUAUCUUCAAAAGAGAUCAAGUUCUUAAUCACAUUAUUAAUCUUCAUCCAGAGGAUUUACAAUGAUGAAUGUUAUUACGAUCUAAUAACUCGAGCCGAACGAACAAACUUUCAAUUGAAAAGUUUGUUAAUCGUCAGGAUCGAUGAAUCAGAUCGUUUAGCGGUAAAUUUAACUUGCUUAUACGUAAAUCAAUAUAAAUAAUCCAUAUUAAAUAUAUUAAAUAUAUAUAUAUAUAUAUAUGUGUGUGUGUGUGUGUGUGUGCGCGUAUAUAUA